CACUAAAGAAACUUCAAAAAACAUAUUUAGUAAUCAUUUGAGAAAACAUUACAGCAAAAGUUACAAGUUGUUUGAACCAUUUUUGAGAGAUGAGUUGCUAUUUUAACCCAUUUAUUACAGAUAUUGGUGGUGAAUGGAGAGGUACUCUUCACUGUGACUUGGCAAACAUUUAUGAAUUUGCGUUGGUUGUCAACACCACUAAUCCCAUGGAGGGGACAUUUGACUUCAUCUACAGAGAUCAAGAACACGAGUACAUGGUAAAAGGCACAUAUGCAGCAUCGACCCGAGGUUUCACUUCGAUUCUUAUUAGUAGUAAUGGUAGCCACCCCGCUGUUGGAUUUGUUCCCAGUGGACUUGAUGGAACAGUAAGCUCUGAUGGACAAAACUUAACAGGAAUAAUGACUAGAGACAUUGGAAACACCUGCAAACUAACUGGCUCAAGAAUCUUUGAACGUAUAUCAGCGUGUAAGAAUAAUGCAACAUGUGUUCGAAAUGGAACUGGCCUUGGAGAUUUCUAUUGCUGUUGUCAAUCAGGGUUUGAGGGUGAGCGGUGUGAAGAGGAUAUAAAUGAAUGUGACAAGAACGAGACACUCUGUAUGAACAAUGGCACAUGUGUCAACACUGUUGGAAGUUUCUACUGCAAUUGUACUGACCAAUAUGAGGGUGAAUUUUGUGAGAUUCCAAUUGGGUGUGCUGAGGAUCCAUGCAAGAAUGGAGGGACUUGUAAUGGAACAGAUGCUGGGUUUGAGUGUUACUGUGCAGAACAAUUCACAGGUAGAACAUGCGAGACAUCACUUCCAUGCUUUUCUGAACCAUGCUUUAACAAUGGGACUUGCAAAUCCAAUGAUACUGGUGAUGCAGAAUGCUUUUGCUUAGAUGGGUUUAGAGGAGAGUUUUGUGAGAUAGAGCUUGGUUGUG